GAACUAAACCAGAACCCAACCAGGACUCUGGGACUAAACCAGAACCCAACCAAGACUCUGGAACUAAACCAGAACCCAACCAGGACUCUGGGACUAAACCAGAACCCAACCAGGACUCUGGAACUAAACCAGAACCCAACCAGGACUCUGGAACUAAACCAGAACCCAACCAAGGACUCUGGGACUAAACCAGAACCCAACCAGGACUCUGGAACUAAACCAGAACCCAACCAGGACUCUGGAACUAAACCAGAACCCAACCAGGACUCUGGGACUAAACCAGAACCCAACCAGGACUCUGGGACCAACCCAGAACUCAACCAGGACUUGGGACCAACCCAGAACUCAACCAGGACUUUGGGACCAACCCAGAACUCAACCAGGACUCUGGGACCAACCCAGAACCCAACCAAGACUCUGGGACCAACCCAGAACUCAACCAAGACUCUGGGACUAAACCAGAACCCAACCAGGACUUGAGGACUGACAGUUUUGAGCAGAACCCAGACGGAGAGAGACAAAAAACAGACGAGGACAGAGGAGACAAGGAGGAAGGAGACAAGGAGGAAGGAGACAAGGAGGAAGGAGACAAGGAGAGAGGAGACAUCAGAGGAGACAUCAGAGGAGACAAGGAGGAAGGAGACAUCAGAGGAGACAAGGAGGAAGGAGACAUCAGAGGAGACAAGGAGGAAGGAGACAUCAGAGGAGACAAGGAGGAGGGAGACAUCAGAGGAGACAUCAGAGGAGACAAGGAGGAAGGAGACAUCAGAGGAGACAAGGAGGAAGGAGACAUCAGAGGAGAGGAAGAAUGUAAAGGAGAUGAAAAGAUGGAGACAGACGACAAAAUGAAGACGAGUCUGAAGAGGAAAAGCCCUGUGCCCCCUGACCCCGCCCCCUGCCCCCUGACUCCUCCCUCCCGCCCCCUGACUCUCCCUCCCGCCCCCUGACUCCUCCCCCUCGUUGCUGCGGUGUGUUUCUGGGUUGUAUCGCUGCUCGCUCUGUGAUUGGUCGCACAAACUCCGCGCCGUCGCCGUGAAUCACGCUGUUCGCAAACACGACUCUCCUCGUCAUCUUUACGACGUCGCCGCGCCGCCGCCGCCGCCGCAGCCCGACCAAUCCCAGCCCGCCGCCGAGAGCGCCCCCGUGGAGGAGGAAGAGGAAGUGACGACACAGACGAUGACGAAGGAGCUGGAGGCGACGAAGCUCCUGCGUUUCUAUAGCAACAGAGUCGAGUGUGAACUCUGCGGAUGGAAGGUCAAAAUACGCAGAGGAACCCGAGGCUUCGCUCUGAACCACCUGGAGCGAGCUCAUGACCUGCCCAGACGUUUCUCCUGCUCCGUGUGUGGACAGAGUUUCUUCAUGUCCUACCAGCUCAAAGAACAUCUGAGGUUCAGCCACAAACCCGGACGCUACCAGUGCCUCUUCUGCUCCUUCAAGUCUGAUAAUCUGAACGGCUUCAGGCGUCACACCGGGAAGUGUAACUACAGAGACGACGACCUGGACGAAGACCAGGACCAGACCGGGACCGGGACCGGGACCGCCCCAGGACCAGGACCAAGACCAGAACCGGACCAGGACCAAGAAGACCGGAUCCACAGACCCAGGAGACGCAGCACCAGGCUCAUCGUGGAGGAGGAGGACGACGAGGAGGACGAGGACUAGACCAGCAUCUGAACCCGGACUGGACCCGGACUAGACCAGCAUCUGAACCCGGACUGGACCCGGACUAGACCAGCAUCUGAACCCGGACUGGACCCGGACUAGACCAGCAUCUGAACCCGGACUGGACCCGGACUAGACCAGCAUCUGAACCCGGACUGGACCCGG